UAGUUUAAAUCGAAUUUCAGUAUUUGUAAGAAAUAUUUUUUUUCUUUCAUGUAUGUACAUAAUGAAUUUUCCAAAUGAAUGCAAUGCGAAUGAUAUACAAAGUUCGUUUCAUAACAACGUCGAAGUUUGCCCCCAUCUGCAUCCAGUUGGAUGCGUGACGUAACAAUAAUUAAAAAAGGUAAAAUAAUUUAAUGAUAAAAGAAAAAUGUUACAAUAGUCUGUGCGAGACAGCAGACAGCAAUUCAUAUUAUGAAUUGUAUUAUGAGUAAAGUGCAAAUAUACCUACUUAUGAUAAACGAAAUAUUAUUUAAACCUCGGUACUUUAUUUAUUCGAGCUGUAUUUGUUCAAGUGUCCGUCUUUUUAACAGAAAUCAUAAAGGCAAUACAGUUUAUUUAUUCUUUGUUAAGAAAAUAACAGAUUUAAUUUGUGCUAAAAACUUAAAUUAGUUUUUUAUUUUAAUCUUUUAAAACUGUACGAGUGCAAUGGUCAAAAUUGGUCCGGAAGAAAGCACGAAGAUGUAACGUGUACAAAAUUUAUCAUUCAACCUAAAUAUUUGUUAAAUCUUUAUAUCUUCUAAAUAAUCUUACAGUUUAGAUAAAAUAUUAUCAUCAAAGUAUUUGUUAUGUCGCGUGUCUACAUUUAAUACGUUUAGUAACAGUAAAACCAUAGUGCGAAUAGAGUGCAACGAAUUGUAAAAGAAAGAUAAAUUCAAAAUCAGGCCAGUAAUUUUUUUUUUCGAAUCAUAACAAUGUCCGCUGAUGAUGCCUUUGAAAAGGUGAUCGGUCGGUUUGGGAAAUUUCAAUCAUGGGUUAUGUUUUUAAUAUAUAUUGGCCGUUUACCUACUGAUUUUCAGUUGACAAAUGUAGUUUUUAUUUUGCCUAGUGUAGAGUACGAAUGCACAGAUGACCAAGUCUUGAAUACAACGAACUAUUGUCCGUGCACAAAUCCUAAAUACGAUACGAGCAAUGUUGUAGAAUCUGUCACUACCACAUGGAACUUAAUUUGUAACAAAACACAACUGGCUAGCUUUGCACAAUCUACGUUGCAGAUUGGAAUUCUAGCGGGAAGUCUAAUCUACGGAUAUUUAUCAGACAGAUAUGGCCGUAAAAUAACAACCCUAACCGCACUUAUUAGCAACGUUAUAUUCAUAAUAAUGUCCGGAGUAGUUCCAGACCUUUGGAUGUUCCUCGUUUGUCGCUUUUUAAUCGGCACCGCAGUUGGUGGGACAAUGCUUUGCUCUUACAUUCUUAUGGUAGAAUUGAGCGGUACAUCGUUCAGACCGUAUCUGACGGGGCUUACGGAAAUGGCAUACGUUACGGCGUCAAUAAUUCAGCCAAUGCUAGCUUAUUAUGUUCGAGAGUGGCGAUAUCUACAAAUGGUGACGUCAGUGCCCUGGGUGUUUGUUAUAAUAUAUUAUUGGCUAUUACCAGAAUCCCCUCGCUGGCUGCUCACUAUGGGAAAGAAACAAGAGGCUAUAAAUGUGUUGACAAAGAUUGCUAAAUGGAAUAAUAGACCUACUGAAAAUAUUGGAGCAAUAAUAGAUAAGAUCCAAGAACAUUCCUUGAAUCAUAAUAAACAAAAUCACAGCUCGUAUUUGGAUUUAUUUAAAACGACAAGAUUAAGAAUUUAUACAAUUGUAAUGGCUCUGGUUUGGUUUUGUUGUGGUCAUACAUUUUUCGGUAUUAACCAAUACAUCGGUAGACUACAAGGCAAUUUCUAUUUCAAUGUAAUGCUAUCAGGAUUGUUUCUUUUACCUGGAGUAGUUCUUAACAUACUUUCGUGUUUAUUUCUUCAAAGAAAGAUUGGCGUUAUAGCAAGUUUUCUAAUAGCAGCAGUAUCUUUAACUGUUUUUAUAUUUAUUCCAAGCAACGCUUAUACAAUGUCUCUAGUGUUUGCUGUUUUCGGUCAAAUGGGAGCUUAUAUGGCGUUUAUUCAAAUAUAUUUGUAUACAUCAGAAGUAUUUCCAACUGUUGUCAGAAAUUCUGCUAUGGGAUUCGCUUCAAUGAGUGCAAGAGUCGGAGGUUUUGCUGCACCAUUUGUAGUCAACAUUGGUAUAGAGUGGGCUUCUAUUACAAUUUUUAGUACCGUGGCUUUAGUUGCAGGAUUUUUAUGCUUCUUAUUACCAGACACUAAAGACACAGUACUAUUGAAUACAAUUCAACAAACUGAACAGUCAGAGAGAAAAAUUAAAUCUUAAUACAUUUUUUUCUUUUCGUUUCAUUCAUUAAAUCAUGCUUAUAUUUAAAAUGCAAUAUUUGCUUAUUAUAUAUUUUAUGGUCCGUGGGGUGGAAGCCUGAUCAUUCAUCACCUUAUUUUAGACACCAGUCCCUUUUCACAGGGGAAAAUAAAGCUAUUUUAUUUUUUUUAUUUUAAUGUAA